CCGGCGAGCCCGGGCGCGGGCGGCGCGCGGGAUGUGAGGCGGGGCGGGCCGCAGCGCUCGCACCUCGGGGCGGCCGCCAGUCGCGGGGCCGGCCGGGCGCGCGCCACCAUGAAGAAGUUCUCGCGGAUGCCCCGCUCGGAGGGCGGCGGCGGCGGCGGCGCGGCGGGCGGCGGCGCGGCGGGCGGCGGCGGCGGCGGGGCCGGCGCGGGCUCCGGCGGCUCGUCCGUGGGGGUCCGCGUGUUCGCCGUGGGCCGCCACCAGGUCACGCUGGAGGAGUCGCUGGCCGAAGGUGGAUUCUCCACCGUUUUCCUUGUGCGUACUCAUGGUGGAAUGCGCCAUGCGUUGAAGCGGAUGUAUGUCAAUAAUGUGCCAGACCUCAACAUUUGUAAAAGAGAAAUUACAAUUAUGAAAGAACUAUCUGGUCACAAAAACAUUGUGGGUUAUUUGGACUGUGCUGUUAAUUCAAUUGGUGAUAAUGUAUGGGAAGUGCUUAUCUUAAUGGAAUAUUGUCGAGCCGGGCAGGUUGUGAAUCAGAUGAACAAGAAGCUGCAGACAGGUUUUACAGAAGCAGAAGUGUUACAGAUAUUCUGUGAUACCUGUGAAGCUGUCGCAAGAUUGCAUCAAUGUAAGACCCCGAUAAUACACCGAGACCUGAAGGUAGAAAAUAUUUUGUUGAAUGAUGGCGGAAACUAUGUACUUUGUGACUUUGGCAGUGCCACUAAUAAAUUUCUUAACCCUCAAAAAGAUGGAGUAAAUAUAGUAGAAGAAGAAAUUAAGAAGUAUACAACUCUGUCAUACAGAGCUCCUGAAAUGAUCAACCUUUAUGGAGGGAAAUGCAUCACCACUAAGGCUGACAUCUGGGCACUGGGCUGUUUGCUGUACAAACUUUGUUUCUUCACUCUUCCUUUUGGUGAGAGUCAGGUUGCUAUAUGUGAUGGCAGCUUUACCAUCCCGAACAAUUCCCGCUACUCCCAUAACAUACACUGUUUAAUAAGGUUUAUGCUAGAGCCAGAUCCAGAGCAAAGACCUGAUAUAUUUCAAGUGUCCUAUUUUGCAUUUAAAUUUGCCAAAAAGGAUUGUCCAAUAUCCAACAUAAAUAAUUCUUCUAUACCUUCAACUCUUCCUGAACCCAUGACUGCCAGUGAAGCAGCUGCUAGGAAAAACCAAAUAAAAACCAGAAUAACAGAUACCAUUGGACCAACAGAGACCUCAAUCGCACCACGACAAAGACCAAAGGCCAACUCUACUCCUUCCGCCCCCAGUGUGCUGACCAUCCAGAACUCAGCCACGCCUGUGAAAGUCCCCGCUCCUGGAGAAUUGGAUAACCACAGACCAAAAGGACCACUGCGACCUGGACAUGGCCCGGAGUUUCUGCUGGGCCAGGGGCAGCCUCAGCAGCCUCCCCCGCAGCAUCGAGUGCUCCAGCAGCUGCAGCAGGGCGACUGGCGGUUGCAGCAGCUGCACUUGCAGCAGCCUCACCCACACCAGCAGCACCCGCUGCUGCAGGAUGCUUAUAUGCAGCAGUAUCAGCAUGCAAUUCAGCAGCAGCAGAUGCUUCAGCAACAGUUCUUAAUGCAUUCACGGUAUCAGGCACAGCCUUCUCCGGCACAGUACCCUGCGAUGAUGCAGCAGUAUCAGCAGGCUUUCCUGCAGCAGCAGUUGCUCGCUCACCAUCAGCAGUCGCAGCAGCAGACGUCACCGGAAUAUCUUAGCUCCCCUCAGGAGUUCUCGCCAGCUUUAGUUUCAUAUUCUUCAUCACAUCCAGCUCAGGGAACCAUACUGGACUCCUCUUAUAGUGCCAAUAGAUCAGUUCCUGCUAAAGAGACAGUUGCAAAUAUCACAAAUCAGAAGAAUAUCAGUAACCCACCUGACAUGUCAGGGUGGAAUCCUUUUGGCGAGGAUAAUUUCUCCAAGUUAACAGAAGAGGAACUAUUGGACAGAGAAUUUGACCUUCUAAGAUCAAACAGACUGGAGGAGAGAGCAUCCUCAGAUAAGAAUGUAGACCCACUUUCCGAUCCACAUAACCAUCCUCCAGAAGAUCCUUUUGGUUCUGUUCCUUUCAUUUCUCACUCAGGCUCUCCCGAAAAGAGCGUUGAGCAGUCUUCCGUGAGUCCAGACCCCACCGCAAACCCCACCAAGAACAGAAAAGCAAGUCCAGUACCUAGAGAUCACCGGGCUGGGAAGAAAGUGGCAGAAAAUGCAUCGGGCCAGGGUCCGGUGCCCAAGAGGAGCGAGGAGUCCGAGAGUGACUUCGAGUCCGACCCCCCUUCGCCCAAGAGCAGCGAGGAGGAGGAGCAGGAGGACGAAGAGGUCCUGCAGGGAGAACAGGGAGACUUCAACGACGACGACACCGAGCCGGAGAACCUGGGCCACCGGCCCCUCCUCAUGGACUCCGAGGAGGAGGAGGAGGAGGAGAAGCAGAGUUCCGACUCCGACUACGAACAGGCCAAAGCCGAGUACGGGGCGCGGAGCCCCGGGUACGGCGGGCCGCCCCCCGCCCUGCUCUCCCCGACGCCCCCCGACGCCGGCCGCGUGCCCGGGCCGGAGUGCGACGUCUUCGGCGCGGUCCCCUUCGUGGCGGUGCGCGCGCAGCCCCCGGGGGAGCCCGAGCAGACCCUCCCCGCGGGGGGCGCGGAGCAGGACGAGUUCGACGUCUUCAGCAAGGCCCCGUUCAGCAGGAAGGUGCCGGCGGCGGCCGACGGGCCGGACGCCGCCCCGCGCCCCGCCGGCGCCCCGGGCGCGGUGGACGUGUUCGGCUCGACGCCGUUCCGGCCCACGCCCGCGCCCACGCCCGCGCCCGCGCGCGAGGACCUGUUCGGGCUGGUGCCCUUCGAGGAGAUCGCGGGCGGCCCGCCGCAGAGGGCCAGGCCCCGCGGCCUGCAGAAGCUGUCCUCGCGCCAGCGGCGCGCCAAGCAGGACGCGGCCAAGGGCAACGGGAAGCGGCACCACGGCACGCCGACGGGCGCCAAGAAGGCGGCCAAGCCCACCUUCCGCACCCCCGAGCGCGCGCGCCGGCACAAGAAGGUGGGCCGCCGCGACUCGCAGAGCAGCAGCGAGUUCCUGACCAUCUCCGACUCCAAGGAGAACAUCAGCGGCGCGCUGCCGCCCGACGAGGGCCUGCUGGACCCCUUCGGGGCCAAGCCCUUCCCCGCGCCGGACCUGCCGUGGCACCCGCCGCACGCGGGCCUGGGCGACCUCCGCGCCGACCACGCCCCGGGCCUGCCCGGCCGGCCGCGGCCCAACGCGCUGCUCGGGCCCUUCCACGGCGGCGGCGGCGGCGGCGCCGACGCGCUGAAGACGGACGAUUUCGGGGCGGUGCCCUUCACGGAACUCGUGGUGCAGAGCAUCGCCGCCCACCAGCCCGCGCCGGCCCCGGCAGUGGAACUGGACCCCUUUGGUGCUGCUCCGUUUCCUUCCAAACAGUAGCUACUCCCGAGGGCCCUCUUGGCGUUUUGAACCUC